AGUCGGGAAUGACAUCUGAGUUGAGCAAUCGACGAUUGCUUAGUAGACGAGUUGUUAUGAUUGACUUGACAAAGCAACUACCAUCUUGCAGUACAGGGAACUUCACAUGUUUAACAUUGUUUGCAGCCAAUACCAACCAGUUUGCAAACAGGGUGGGUUGAGCGUUACCAAGGCUCGUACGACGUCAAGUAUAAAGGGAAUAUCAUGGUGCCCAAGUGGCCAUGAAUGUUUACGUUAAGAAAAGACAACGAGAAGACUAGGCUUGGUGACGAAGUAGCUCAAGAAAUUACUUUUGAGCGCUGUUUUGUCACCACUUCCAUUGUAUUCACUCUAGGGUUUGGUAUGUGAAUGCCUCUUCACUGAUGAGACACUUUUACCAAUGGAAAAGGGGUUUCAGUUAGGAAACGUGGGCAUUUCUCUGGUGCUCCUGUUGUUGCUUCGAGCUCUGACUGGGACUUCUGCAACUCAAGCUUCCAUCGACAAGGACACAGAAACGGCGACCGACGAUGGAGUUACGGAGCGGGCCCUGGAAAGCGUUACCACCCCAGGAUAUGGGGACGUGACUGUUGAAGAUGACGAGAAUAGUGCGAAUGGAGAAACCGAGGAGGCACCUGGGGACAGCGAUGGAAGCUUCGACCACAAAAGGUCUUUGGUGAUCAUCAGUACUCUGGACGGCCGCAUCUCCGCUCUGGAUCCACACAAUCGGGGCCAAAAGCAGUGGGAUCUGGACGUGGGCUCCGGCUGUCUGGUCUCCUCCAGUCUCAGCAAACGAGAGGUGUUUAACAAGGUGAUGAUCCCGUCUCUGGACGGGGCGUUAUUCCAGUGGAAUCGCGAGCGGGAGACGAUGGAGGCCGUGCCCUUCACCGUGGAGUCUCUGCUGGACUCGUCCUACCGCUUUGGGGAUGACUCCGUGCUGGUGGGAGGCAAAUCGCUCACCACCUACGGCCUGGGAGCCUACUCUGGAAAGCUGCAGUACAUCUGCUCAGCCGUGGGCUGCAGUCGCUGGGCUGGAGAGGAGACUGAGCCUGAGGACGUGCUUCUCCUCCAGAGGACCCAGAAGAGCGUCCGAGCCGUUCGGCCUCGCAGCGGCGUUGAGAUGUGGAACUUCAGCGUGGGAACCUUUGAGCUGAAAUUCAUUCCUGAAACCCAGUCUACCCUCAACUUCCUGGAGGCAGAGAUUCCCGUCGGAGACAGGCUGAGGGGCAAGCGCAAGCUGAUCGACGAGGCCGACACUCACAUACACACGGACACAGACACGGACCUGGUCAUCAAGGUGUCCGUGCCCGACUGGAAGGUCAUGGCCUUCAGCACCAAGCCCGGCGGUCAGCUGAUCUGGGAGCACCAGUUCUACACUCCGAUCGCUUCCGCCUGGUUGGUUGGAGGGGGGAAGGUGACGCCCAUCAGCCUGUUUGAUGACACGGCCUACACCACGCAGAGUGACGAGGAGAGACAGGAGGAGGAUGACGACAUCAUGGAGAAGGCUCGCGAAGCCACGGAGAGCAGUGUUUACCUAGGUAUGUACCAGGGGCAACUCUACCUGCAGUCCUCUGUGAGGAUCUCCGAGAAGUUCCCCUCUAAGCCCAAUAUUUUGGACGCCGCCAAACCCCAGCCUCUGCCCACAGUCCGAUGGAAGCCCCUUAUACUUUCUAACACCCCCUCCCUCACACACAUGCACACUCUCACACCUGCAGAUUCACCAUCUCGUACUCCAGUGCUGGUUGGCUCAGAAGAGUUCGACAAGUGUCUGAACAACGACCGAUUUUCUCACGAGGAGUACAGCAAUGGUGCCUUGUCAGUGCUUCAGUACCCCUAUGAUAACGGUUACUACCCGUACAGCCCACGCUUCCGAGAGCGGCGGGAGGUGUCGGUGGGCACGUUGGCUGGGGGAGGUGAGGGGGGGUCCGGCAGGAGGAAGGACCCCGUGCUGCUGCUGCCCUGGUGGAAGGAGAUCGUGGGCACCAUCGUCUUCUGCAUCGCCGCCACCACCUACAUCGUCCGCAAGUUCUUCCACCCCACCGGCACGCAAGCACGGCAGAGGAAGGAGUCAGAGACUCAGUGUCAGACUGACAGCAAGUUUGAUGUUGAGGAACCAGAACCCAAAGAGGUGGUUGUCACGGAAACACGCCCGAGUGAAUACAUAUCCAGGUACCUGACUGACUUUGAGCCCCUUCAGUGCCUGGGACGAGGUGGGUUUGGGGUUGUGUUUGAAGCUCGGAACAAAGUGGACGACUGUCACUAUGCCAUCAAGAGGAUCAGACUCCCCAACAGGGAGGUGGCGCGUGAGAAGGUGAUGCGGGAGGUGAAGGCUCUGGCGAAGCUAGAGCACCCGGGCAUCAUCCGCUACUUUAACGCCUGGCAGGAGAGCCCACCUCAGGGCUGGCAGGAGGAGAUGGACACACGCUGGCUCAAAGACGCAAGUGUUGCCGACUGGCCGCUAAGUUCUCCUGAACACCUGGAGCCGGUGUCUGUGAAGGUUCCGGUGUGGAGCUCGGAGCGCUCCGACCCGCUGUGCGUGUGUGUGUGCGGCCCGAUUGGCGACGGCAUCAGCAGCAGCAGCAGUCGGCGCACGGCCGAGCGGCAGGCUCGCGACAGCCUCAUGUCCGACCACGAGCACACGCACACCCGCACCCACGACCCAGACGGCGACCCCGACCUCCUGGACCCCGACGAGUGCUCGGACUCGCCGCACUCGUUCGAGCUCUGCCCGCCCCGCUCCAUCUCCAUCCCCUGCGGCGUCGGGGCCAGCGCCGGCGACUGCACCUCCUCUUCCUUCGACAUCGUCUUCGAAGACUCGGGCUGCCACGACAACCGCGAGGAGGACGAGGAGGAGGAAUCUGAACACCACGCCAUUAGCGCGCCAGCGGACUCCACAACCACGCCCCAUGACAAGGCAGCGUCGUCCGGCCAGCACACCCCCAGCUGCCCAGCCUCCACCUCGCCCCCCCGGCCCUCCUCGCUGGCCCUCAGACCCUCCACACCCCCCUCAGCCGCCUGCCGGCCCCUGGCCACCCCCAAGGUCUACCUGUACAUCCAGAUGCAGCUGUGCCGUAAGGAGAACCUGAAGGACUGGAUGGGCCAGCGGGUGGCGCCAGAGCUGCGCGAGCACAGCGAGUGCCUCAACAUCUUCCUGCAGAUCGCCGAGGCCGUCGAGUUCCUGCACAGCAAGGGCCUCAUGCACCGAGACCUGAAGCCGUCCAAUAUCUUCUUCACCAUGGACGACGUGGUGAAGGUGGGCGACUUCGGGCUGGUGACGGCCAUGGACCAGGAGGAGGAGGACCAGGAGGAGAUGACCCUCACACCCAUGCCAAGCUACGAUCGCCACACGGGCCAGGUGGGCACCAAGCUCUACAUGAGCCCCGAACAGUUAUCAGGGAACUCGUACUCUCACAAGGUGGAUAUUUACUCUCUGGGCCUGAUCCUGUUUGAGCUCCUUUGUCCGUUCCGCACACAGAUGGAAAGGGUCCGGACUCUGACUGAUGUGAGAGCUCUACAGUUUCCUGUCUCUUUCACCAAGAACAACGUCCAAGAGGCGGACAUGGUGCGCUCCAUGCUGUCGCCCAACCCUGCAGCGCGUCCAGAAGCGUCCGACAUCACCGACGCGCCGCUCCUCAACGAGUUUGAGCUGCCCUGUAGAAUCCGGCAGCGCUCGCGAACCUACAGCGCAUCUUCUGCAGGAAGACCCUCUCGCUCCUCACACACAUAAAUACACACACACACACACACACACACACACACACACACACACACACACACACACACAAAUAUACAUUCACAUUUUUCACAUUUCAGUUGCCCUCCAGGAUUUGACUACACCAAGAGACACAACAUUCCAUAUGAAGGAAUAUGGACUUGUAUAUCACACAGAUCCACACAAACACACACUCACACACACUCAUAAAAGCACUGCCCUGGAGGCUGUGCUCUCUCAACCACAUUACGCUUACACACAACAACUGAACAACCAAUAAACGCACCCACACACACACACACACACAUAAACACAAUCAUGCAGACAGACUGCCUUUGAUUGCUGCAGUCCACUUCUCCACCUCAGGGUGGAAGCUGUGAUAUCAGCCUUUUUAUCUGCCUGCAUGAGGAAGUCGGACGCAUCUCUCUCUCUCUCUCUCUCUCUCUCUCUCUCUCUCUCUCUCUCUCUCUCUCUCUCUCUCUCUCUCUCUCUCUCUCUCUCUCUCUCUCUCUCUCUCUCUCUCUCUCUCGCGCCUCUCUGAACUGUUUCUCUUCUGAACUGUUUCUCUUUUUUUUGGACACGGGACCUCUUUUUCUCUUCAGAGUGUAAAUAAGUCAAGACGACCGCACGCGCGCACACACAAAGACGCACAUGCGUACACAGAUGCACACUAAUACACGCUUAACACGGAAGAUGCAGCCUCCUUGUGCGGAGGUAUGAAUGGCCUUGGAACAGUUGUAGCUUGGAGACAUAUGGACGAAGCUUGAAAACAGAGACUUUCAGCAAAGACCUCUCACAGCCAUCCUAACCAAUGAGGGCCUCUGACCUUUGACCUUGGUUGGGCUGUGGGAUGGGUGUGUGUGUGUGUCUGUGUGUUCACCAAACGGAGCGUGUUGGCAGACGGCCGACACCAUGACGUUCAAAGUAUGUGAGUGUUUGUUUAGUUUUUUUAAUUCGGAGUGUAGGCAUUAUCAGAGUGUAGGCAUUAUCAUUAUCAAAUGAUUUUUGAUGCCUUCAAACAAGUGUAUUCAAGGGGUGUGUGUGUGAAUGAGUGUUUGUAUGUGUAUGAAUGUGUACUUUGUGUACGUAUGUGUCUGUGCGGCUUGGUCUGCACGUGUGUGUGUGUGUGUGUGUGCUCGCUUGUGUGUGAUGUUGCAAUGGCAUUACUUUGGAUCAGGACCGAAGAUCAUAUCAGCUACCAAAUAUUGAAGCUGCCCUUAAAUUGUGAAUUACAUAAGUAAUUACUGUAAGUUUGUCUUUUUUUCUAAAACGGUCUUUCAUGAAGGAGAUCUAACUUGUAGAUUUUUGUAUAUUGCGGAAAACUUAUUUUCCUUAAACUGAUUUCUAUCAAAGGUUUGGAUGCUCUGAUAACCAGAAGUGAGAGCUUUUCUCAGACGAAUGUCUGAAAAUCAGGACAGACUGUGUGUGUUACUCAAAUAUGUCACUAAUUUCAUGUGUGUGCAUGGGGUGUGUGUGUGUGUAGGUUUACAUACACACUACCAACUGUGACUUAGAGCCAUGUAGCCCUGUCAUCUUUGGCAUCCGAUUGGCCACAGUAUAAUUGGUAAACACACUUAAAACAAACACUCUUUGAAACGUCUGUAGUGCUCACUGGACAAAGUCCUCACACACUCGCGACCACCAACUAUAACAGUGUAUCCUAGAGUAUCCAACAACAACAACAAGAAAAUCACAGUAUAUCAUAGUGUCUCAAGAUCUUUAUGUACUAUUUCCAGUUUACUGACAGUUCUCUGAAUUUACCAUUUACAUAUACCGUUCAGGUUGGUUUUGCCUUGUUUUGCCAGAGACGAGUUCCGUAUUGAGAAGAUGAAGUUCAAAACUCAUUUCGACUGGUGUCUAUCCUCUUUCCAAAUCAAACCGUGACAAGUACUGUCCUUCAAUACCGGCAACUCCUCUCAAACCAUACGAUUGUGCCCAUGGGCUCCUCUUUCUUUCUUUCUUUCUUUCUUUCUUUCUUUCUUUCUUUCUUUCUCUCUCUCUCUCUCUCUCUCUCUCUCUCUCUCUCUCUCUCUCUCUCUCUCUCUCUCUCUCUCUCUCUCUGGCUUUCUGGCUCUGUACCUUGUAAAUAUGUUUAUUUGUUUCUAUUUAUGUUCAUUGCAGAAGUCAAUCCUGUGGGGUUGGUGGUUUAUAAAUAUUAAACAAAAAAUUAUAUGAAAAUGUGUUUCAGACACUGGAGCGCAUUGAAAUAUUGUGACUUCUUAUAAGUCAGGAUUUAUUAAAAACAUUCUAUGACAUUUGUA